UUUAGUGAGGUCAAUAAAUAUUCAGUUACUGUUACUUGAAAACCUAAAUUUUACACCUGAUGCUUUUUAUGGUAACAAACACAGAUUCAGGAAAACAUUUGUGAUUUUGUGAUCAGUGCUUUGUUUAUCUAAAUUAUUAUUCAAUUUCCUAUGCUAAAAUGUGAUUAUCACCAAGAGUGUAUUAAUUUGUAAAUUUGAAAAAACACUCGAGUCAUCAAAAUAUUGGAUUACACUGAGCGCCAGAAAGGGUAACCAUGACAAUCAACACUUAUUGGUCGGCAUCGUCGUUUUCAUCUGGUUUACGGUCUCAUUUGUUGGAAUCAAACUAUCACUUUGACAUUGUUCCAAUGGAUAGAGGACCUUUAAUGGAGGUGGCUAACCACCUAAUUAAGUUGAACAUGUACCCUUAUUUUGAAGGGGUUCAUGGUUUAUUGACUGCUCUUUACAUCCGUCAAGAGCUUGGACCUACAGCUCACAAGUUUUCCCGUCGUCAUCCAUUCUCCUGUUGGGCUUCAACAAUGUUAAGUUUUUUUUCUGGUUCCUUGUUAGCCAACUUUUUUCUUGCUGAACCUUUAACCGAUGUCUUUAAAAGUUCACAAACUGUUGUUCUGGCCACAUUAACCUGGUAUAUAGUCUUCUAUUCACCUUUUGACAUUGUAUGCAAACUGAUUAGUUUAAGACCUUGUUACAUACUUCUGGAUUGUGCCCGUGAAAUAUUAAGGGCCAAGGUAGUAUACACCGGUGUUACCCAUACUGCCCGUAUAUAUCCUGGUAACUAUGCAAUAAUUAUAUUUAUUGGUGCACUCAGAGCGAGCGGUGGAUGCUUUCUUAGACCAUUGGAUAGAUUAUUUAGAGGAAUCUGGACACCAAACAUCAUUGAGAUGCUAAAUCCAUCAUAUCCAACUAAAACUGCUCUUCUAGCUUCAGCCAUUUUUACAGUCAACAAGCAAUCAGAUUGGAUCAACAUAUCAACACCGUUGGUGUACCUAGCUGUUGUCUCUUUGCUCAUAUACCUUAAAUUUUCAUCACUAACCUUUGGUUUCUACGAUCCAUUCCGACCAGUUGAAAAUCUUAUUUGUUCCCUGCUUUUUGGAAAUGCAUUUGAAACAUUAGAACAUGCUCACACAAAAAGUACAAAAAAUGAAACUGACAAGACUAAAAGUGGUGUAGGAGGAGGGAGUGGUGAUAAAAUGAAACGAGGAGACGCCAAGAAGAAGGAAUAGAUCUAUUUUGGUCUAUAUCAUGACAUCAUAACCUGUUCAAAACUAUAUCAGAAGGCUGAACCUUUAAAUUUCUUAUAAAUGUGAUGACUUUUCGUCCGAAGCCGCAAAACAGAAAAGGCUUUGCCUCGAACAUUUUCUUUGAACAAUAUUUGUUUAAUAUGUUGAAAAUAUCGACUGCAAUGUGGAAUAUUUAAGCGAUCUCAUGUUGUACAAUCAUGUUAUAAGGAAAAGAUGUUACUUGGCUUAAAAUACUGUAUUAAUUGACAACAAAUCAUCAAUCAAAUAAUUUCUAAGUACAAAGUGCAAUGUGAUUUAAAAUAAAUUUUCUUUAGUUUGCA